AGAAUUUGGAAAUAUUUUGUGAGGUUAUGAAUGUCAUGUCAACUUCUAAAACAUGUUGAAUUUGCGUUAAUUGAAUACAAUGACGAUGGAAGCUUUAACAGAAUUAGCCAAAUUUAUCCAAGUAGGAGCAAGAUUAGAUUUAAAAGCUGCAGCGUUAGAGCAUUUAUUAGGUUUAACCGGAACAGAGGAUGGUUUAACAACGAUAAUUGAAGUGUCACAGAUACUUGUAUCACUCAUAUCCCUUCUGGAUGACACGAGUGUACCCAUUGCGAAAGACGCCAGUUUGUGUUUAAUCAACAUUUCGGCAAAUGAAAAAGGCGCAGUGGCCCUGAUAAACGUAGAUGUCACCAAAGAUUGUCCGCCUCUACAGACACCACCGGGAAACAUUGUGUGUCAGGCCCUGAAAAAUAUUUUUGAUCCUGGAAGCUGCAUUGCCGAUCAUUGCUGUAUGAUCUUGUCGAACUUGACCCGGCCCUCUCAUCUGAUAGAAACGGUUAUUGACGUUAUCGAAAAAAGCGACAAAUCUUUUGAAGGACUCAUAAACGUGUUCACCAAGAACCAGUACAAUAAAAAUAAUGCCAAGUUGCAUUAUCUGGGGCCAGUGCUGUCGAAUUUAUCGCAGAGCCAUCGAGUUAGGAUGCAAGUCUUAGAUAGGAACAAGUGCGUGAUACAGCGACUUCUUCCGUUCACGGAAUAUAAAGACUCGUUGGUGCGGAGAGGUGGGAUCGUAGGCACGUUGAAGAACUGUUGCUUUGAAAUGGACUUUCACGAGUGGCUGCUUAGCGGCGAAGUGGACAUUUUGCCGCGGCUUCUUUUGCCCCUUGCCGGUAACGAAGAAUUUGACGAGGAGGACAACGAUAAGUUGCCGUUAGAGCUGCAGUUUUUGCCCGAGAGUAAAACGAGGGAGGAAGAUCCCGAUAUAAGGUGCAUUUUACUUGAAGCUUUAACACAACUUGUGGCAAAGAGACCUAAUAGGGAAUAUAUUAGGGAUAAAAAUACGUACGUUAUUUUAAGGGAGCUGCAUAAGUGGGAGAAGGAUAAAAAGGCGUUGGCCGCGUGUGAGAAUUUGAAUUUUUUUUUUUUUAAUUUUAGGACUGAGGAAGAGAUUGGUGAAGAAAACUUGAAAGAAAUCGAAGUACCUCAUGAUUUGCAGAAGAAUUUUGAUAAAAUGCAAGAAGAAUUGUCGCGGGAAUAGUUGUAUAUGUUUAUUUUUUUUAAAUGUAUUUUUAUACAAAUUAAAUUUUUCUGUUUUUUAA